GAAUAUUGCGCUUGAUAUCGUUACAUAGUUGGAUACGAGUGAUCAAAACGACUAAUUCUCUACGUAAGGUUAGAUAAUUGAAUCAUAUAACGAUAUCUUGGAAAAAGAAAUUUUUAAUUCAGCAUGUGAAUCGUGACUUAACAGUAACGUUUAUAUUUUUUCCAUGAAACUAAUUUAAUCGCAGCUCAGUUGUAAGCAAUUCAAUAAUGCUUUGUGUAAAAUAUGUCAAGAAAAAUAAUACCACAAUUCUGUUUAAUAUAUUAUCAAAGGGUUGCUAUUCUCGACGUAGCAAUAAAAGCACAAACUCAUACAAAAUCGUUCAAGCAAAUAGUGAAAACUUGAAUGAUGUGGAUGGUGCUAUGCUUGGAAUAAAUUCUAAUUGGGAGCUUUUAACACCUAGAGGAUUCAGAUUUUAUUUACCGGGAAGCAUUGGCCCUGGUUGGUCAGAUGUAACCACAACUAUUCAAGUUAGAACGCAAUUAGUUGAUUUUCAUGACAAUGAUAAACAGAUAUCGAUAGAUGAUUCUAAAGAAAAACCUGCUCCUCGAUCAAAUCGUUUGAAAGGGACUCAACAUUCAAUGCUUCAUUGUGUUGCACAAGAAUGCCCUUUACUGUUGAGAAAAGGUAUAGAGGAAUUAUUUCCUGGAUGUUUAGAUGUUGGUUCUCCACAACUUACUAUAAUUACUAUCAGUCAAUCAAUUAAUUUUAAAGUUAUGAAAUGGAACAAAGAAAUAGAAACUGAGAAACUAGCUAAAUAUUUUGUAUUAGCAGCUUCAGAUAUUUGUGCAAAAUUAAGGAGAAUGGGUUAUUGGGCAGAUUUCAUCAAUCCAUUUAGUGGACAACCACAUUUAAAUUUACAAAAAAAUAAUACUCUUUACAAAACGGAUGAGCGAUUUCGAUGUUUAGGAUUUAAAAUAUUACAUAGAAACAAUUGUAAAAUUAUUUUAUACGAUAAUAAUGCAAAGAAUUUUUUGGUUCAAAACGGUCAUGGCACCGUUGUGUAUAUUACAGGAAAUCUCUACACCACAGCGCCUGCGAGUACAGAAUUUUUAAAAGAAAUUCUGUACGAUUGCGAGCUUGUAAAUGUUAAUGAAGCUUAAUAAAAAUAAAAUGAAAGGGAACAAGGGAA